AUGCAAGGUCAUGAUGCUUUGAUUGAAGCAGAAAAUGGGGUGAUGCUUGUCUCUUCAGAAGAAAUCCCAAGAACACAAAAACAAAGAAAGAAAAAUUGGAAAUGUGUUUUUCCUAAUUGUAAUGAGCCAGUAAAAACUCGAUUCAAUUGUUAUGCCCAUGUAUGGGAUGCUCAUUUACGUCAAUACUAUACUCAAAAUUAUCCUGACAUGUAUCCAACAACUGCAUUCAAAAAAACACAAAAUAAAACACCAAUGAAAAGUCUUUGUGAAAAGUACAUGAUUCAAUUAGUUGAAAAACCUAAUUCGAAAGAAAAGGGAAGUAGCGAAACAAAGCAACAAAAUUCAUUAAAUGAAGUAAUUCAACAAAUUCCAAUUAACGAACAAAAUACUUUAAAAACUGAACAAAAUAUGACUUAUACUAUUUCUCCUGACCAAACUUCUAAUGGUGCUCGUGAAAUAGAAAUGUCUUCACCAAAUCAAUCAAAUGAAAUAUCUGUCCCUUCUCCAUCAAGAAUAACAAAUAAUCCUGAACAACUCUCUGAAUCAAAUUAUCCCUUUGCAUUCUUAUCUGAGUAUCAAUUUAGUAAUCAAUUUAUUACAAAUAACUAUCAUAUUCCUCCAACUGAUCAACCAAUUCAACAAUUUCAACCGACUGCAACAAUUGCUAUUGAAGAAACAAAUCAACAGAACCCCAAUAUUAUUCAAGACAACUCAGACUUUAUUAAAAUAGAACAAAUAACUACUCAACUAAAACGGUUACAUGUUUUUGGUGAAAUAUUUGCUGAAAAUGGAUAUCUUGUUCGUUCUGAUGCUAGGUCUAAAACAGAUAUUCAAACAAUUGAAAAUGCGUUAAAUUCAGUUACUUCUUUAGUUGGUAAAAAAUAUGCUUAUAAAAAUGAGCCAAAUAAAAUAAAAUAUGGGUUUAUUGCACAAGAAGUUCAAGAAGUUAUUCCAGACUUAGUUCAAAAAGAUGAAAGUGGUAAUUUGAGCGUUGACUAUUUAGGUGUUAUUCCAUACAUAGUAGAGGCAUUAAAAACUAUUCAUGAUAAUUCAGUAAGUUUAGAAAAUUCAUCAAGAAAAGAAUAUACUGAAUUAUCUCAAAUUGUGGAAGACGCUGUUUUACAACUUCAAAUGUUAAUGGAAGAAAAAGGGAAACAUAUCUUUCUUGAAAAAGAAUCAAGAGCUUCAACAUUAUUAACGUUUGAUAUAUUUGGACCACCAAUAGUGGUGUUAUUAAUGGGAAUUAUGUUUAGUAUUUUGAGUAUAGUUAUUCCAUUUUUUGUUCCAUACUUAUUCUUUACUCUUGGAGUUUUAGUUGUUGUUACAAUUGUUCUUUGGACAGUGGUUAUUGCUCAGAGAAAACAAUUAAAAGAUUUCUUUGUAUUUAGGAUUAUGAAAUUACGUUGGUUAAAAUCUCAAUUCUUUGUUUGGUUUUCUAUAUUAACUCUUAUUCAUGUCUCUCUUCUAAUAUCAAUUUUAUUAGGAUAUGGUGGGUUAAUUAUGACAGCAGUUUAUAUUAUAUUCUUUACUUUGUUAGCUGCAGUUACAUACAUCCUUCAUAUAUCACCAAAGUUGCAUUGGAAAUUUUCAUUUACAAUAUCAUUGUUUAUUUUAUCAUUUAUAUUAACUAUAAUAUGUUCUAUAUUGUUAACAAUUUUUCAACCAUUUAUUUCUUUAAAUAUUAGAGAAAUGAACAAACCUUAUCAUGUAAAUAUUCGUCCUAAUGAGCCAAUAACCCCAAUGGUAUUAUCAUCCCCUCCUUGGAAUUGUUUUUCCCCUCAAAUACAAAGUGACAUUCCACUACCUCAAAAUUUAACUAUAGUAAUGCCUUCAAGUUCAACUCCAAAUUCUGUUUCACCAACUGUCCGAGGAAUAGUUUCUGACGACAUUUCUACUAAUGACAUUGAAUUUUAUAUUGUUUGUUCAGGACUUAUUAAAGUAAGUUAUGGCAAAGUUACACUUAAAUCUUGUGAAACAAAAACUAAUGAAAAGACUUGUUUAAAUAAUAAAUGUGGAUGGUGUUCAAGUACCAAAAAAUGUGGGUUCUGUGAACAUGGUGGUGAGUUUUGUGAUAAUGAUGACACACAUGGUUGUUAG